GUCUCGCUGACAGCGGAUUUGUUCCUGCAUUAGCCAAGUGUCGCAAGAUUGUGGGACAUUUUAAACACAGCCCGGCAAACUUAACGGAGCUGAAUGCAGAGCAGGUGAAACUCGGACAGCAGCAGGAGCCACUGAUCCAAGACGUUCCAACGCGGUGGAAUUCCACACUUGAAAUGGUCAAACGCAUCAUCCCCAAUCAAGCAGCAAUAAAAGCAACCCUGGAUCAACAGCAGCAUAAUCUCGUCAUGCUGACGCCAGCAGAAUGGGAUAAACUCCAGAGACUGGAGACCCUUCUAGAGCCCUGCCGGUAUGUGACUCAGAUCCUGGGUGGGGAGGCCUACGUCUCCUGCUCAGUGGUACUACCUGCCCUCUGCCACUUACACCGUGUAAUGGAAACUUCUGAUGAGGACCCUGCAUACAUGAUUAGAUUUAAGACCAAAUUCAAAGACGACCUAGGCUCCCGCCAAGAACACACCAACAAUGCAUGGCUCAAGAUUGCAACCGCACUGGACCCACGUUUUAAGGACUUGAAAAGUGUGCCCAAGGCAGACAGAGAGGAGGUGUGGACCAAACUUGGAGGCCUUCUGCGUGAAUCACCUGGAAGACCUUCACACACUACUGAAGAUGGGCCACCCAAGAAGAAAAUGAACCUUCUUCUACAGCUGGGCUCAGAUUCAGAAUCAGAUGAAGAGGUACAGCCUGACAGAGCCUUACACAGGUACAGAGCAGAGCCCACCAUUGAAAUGACGGACUGUCCCUUGCAGUGGUGGUCAUCUCAUGCAGGAGCCCAUGACAAGCUGGCUCCGUUGGCUCGGAAAUAUCUAGCCACUCCUGCAUCCUCAGUUCCCUGUGAAAGACUCUUCUCACUUGCCGGUCACAUUGUGCAAAAGAAGCGGUCAGCUUUACUCUCAGAAAAUGUGGACAAAUUGGUUUGCCUCAGUAACUGGCUAAAGCAGGGGUCUCAAACUCAAUUUACCUGGGGGCCACUGGAUGCAGAAACUGGGUGAGGCUGGGCCGCAAGAAAAGAUUUCUUAAAAAAAAUCUAACAUGCACUUUUUAAUGAAUUCACCUCCUUUGAAUGGCUUUCCCGCCCUAGCAACCAUCUCACUCACCAUGUAGCUAGCUUUGACAGCUGCAUCGCUCUUUUCGCUUGCUUUCUUGACGAAAUCUUGUUGCCUCAGUAGACUGGUUUUAAAAUUUGCAACCCGGUUCACUCCCCUAGUAUUUUGCAUACUCCUCAGCAUGUCUAGUUGUAUAAUGACGUUUCAAAUUGUAUUCCUUGUGCAACGCAACUUUCUCUGUAUCAACUACAGAAAAGAGCUAUAAGGAUUAUUCAUAAAGUAGAUUACUUAAAACACACUAACAUAUUAUUUAUUAAUUCUGGUUUAUUGAAACUACAGGAGCUAGUAAAGUUACAGACAUUAUGUGUCAUGUU